UUUUUUAAAGGAAGUAAAUCUUGCAAUGAAUGAAUUAACAAAAAUUCCUGAAUCAAUUUUUUCUCUCAAAAACCUUCGAAAAUUGGAUCUCAGUUUUAACAAAUUAACAAAAUUGGAUUUUGUAGAAGGAACAUGGCCAAAUUUGGAAACUUUUAAUUUAUCUGGAAAUGAUUUAGAAGCUUUACCUUCACAAAUAAUUGCUUGUGUUAAAUUACAGAGACUAUAUGCAAAUUAUAAUAAAUUGAAUUUUGAAGGUCUUCCCGCCGGUUUUGGUAAAUUAAUGCAACUUCAAGUUUUAUUUUUAUCUCACAACAAUUUGGAAUUAAUUCCUGAAGGUGUUGGAAGGUGUGUAAAAUUGAGAAAACUUAAAUUGGAUAAUAACCGUUUAAUAACUCUACCUGAAGGAAUCCAUUUACUUCCAGAUUUGAAGGAAUUGGAUCUUCGAAAUAAUCCUGACCUUGUAAUGCCACCUAAACCAAGUGAUAAACAAAAAGCUUUGGCUUUCUACAAUAUUGACUUUUCUUUACAAAAUCAGUUGAGAAUUGCUGGGCAAACAACAACUUCAGCUACCACCCUUUCCGAAAAAGAUAUUAGUAGUGGUGGGGGACCUAAAGAUGCUGCUCAAAGAAAAAAAGAAUUUAUAAGGAGAAGAAGACAUCAAGCAGAUCAGGAUAGUGCUUCUAAAGUUAUUCAGGGAAUGUCUAAAGUAGCAAAGGAUGCAUUUGACAAAGGCCAAUCUAUUGAAUUAAAUGAUGAAAAUGAUGCUUCUGCUCUUGGUCAGAUUAGUUGGAAGGAAAAAUUGGCAAAACAAAAGCCUCGCCUCGACUAUUCAGACGUUUUUGAUGAUGAAAUUGGUUCCUGUGAUAAUUUGUGGAUGUGGGAAAUUGAAAAUUUUUAUCCGGCAUUAAUUGACCCUCGAGAACAUGGACAAUUUUAUGAAGCUGAUAGUUAUUUAAUUUUGAAAACAACUAGAGAACCUAGUGGAAGUUUAACUCAUGCAAUAUAUUAUUGGAUUGGGGAAAAGACGAGUUUGGACAAGGCAAUGUGUGCAGCUGUUCACGCAGUAAACCUAAGAAAUCACCUUGGAGCAUCUUGCAGAACAAUAAGGGAAGAAAUGAACGAUGAAUCUGAUGAAUUUUUGGAAUUGUUUAGUGAAGAAAUUAUUUAUUUUGACGGUGCAAAAAUGCAAUCAGGAUUUUAUGUUGUUGAAAAAGCUCCUUUUGUUAAAAAGCUCUAUCGUGCAUAUAUUAAUGGGCCUUCAGUAGAAAUGGAAGCUGUGCCGCUUAGCCCAGAAUCUCUCGACCCUCGUUUUGUUUUUUUGUUGGAUGCUGAUAAAAUUAUUUGGAUAUGGAGUGGAUCGCGUUCCAGGGUUUUUUUUAAUUUCAUUUUUAAUAAAUAAUUAGAAAAUGAAAAUUUUGCGGACAUUUUUUGCUGACUUUUUGUUGCAUCUUUUUUUGCGGAUUUUUUUUUGCGGACAUUUUUUGCGGAUUUUCUCUUGCGGACAUUUUUCUUGCGGACAUUUUUUGCGGACUUUUCUUGCGGAUUUUCUCUUGCGGACAUUU